GGAUCUUUCUUGAAGGGUAGUUGUCAUCCCGGAGCCUGACCAAGAACUGGCUCUAGUGAAUACACUACAACCAGCUCUUGGGCUAGUGUCUUUCAGCGAUAUCCUAUACCGUAACGGAAAGAUCUUGCUGUUUCUAUCUUACAUGAUUUCAUGGAAGGGGAUUGGGUGUGAUUUGUUCACCGUUUUAUUCAUAACCAUCAUGUCGCUGCUCGCUCGUGCACCACUGACGCUACGCCAACACGCUGGCCGUUCUCGUACUGUGCUUUCGCGUUCGAUGCACGAUUAUCAUCACUUUCCUUUCCAGUUCCCGGGGGAGAAGAAGAAAGCUGCAUUUGGCCUGAAGGUUGCACUUUUCCUGACUACAGGUUUCAGCUUGCCUUUCGCUGCUGCAUUAUUUCAGCUAAAAAAUCCGGAGCUGUUUGAUAAGGCAUAUGUUUUUGAGUAGAUCACAGCAUUGUUCUUUAUUAG